AUGGUUGUCAAGAAGACUAAGCAAGGUAUUUUGAUCUCGCAAAAUAAAAGGAACUGGGCCAUUAAAGGUCAGCAUCCUCAUGAUAUCCAUGAGGUUGAAAAUCAACGUCGCUGGAGAGUCAACGUUUGGGCUGGAAUAGUUGGUGAUCGGAUUAUUGGUCCUCAUUUUUUUGAAGGAAAUUUGAAUGGCAGAAUGUAUGGGCAGUUUCUUGUUCAUGACCUUCCGAAUUUGUUGCGUGGCACUCCUGUACCUGUGGCAGAAAUGUGGUGGCAGCAAGAUGGCUGCCCAGCGCAUAAUAGUGCACUCACCACAGAUCAAUUGAAUGACAUUUUCCCACGUCACUGGAUAGGAACAAAUGGACCUCGUGCAUGGCCUCCAACAAGUCCAGAUUCAACACCCUUAGAUUUUUGGUUAUGGGGUGUGUUGAAAGAACGAUGCUACCAGACUCCCGCAACAACACCGGAAAACAUGAUCGAGAGGAUACGACGGGAAUGCACAGCAAUAACUCCAGCUGAAAUUCGCAGAGCUAUUAUAAAUAUCGACAAGAGGUUGCGAUGUCUCAUAGAGCACCACAGCAAUAAUUUUGAACAGUGCCUUUAA